AUGGUGCUCACCAAGACAACUCCCGAUCCAUAUACACUUGUCAGCUCAGCCCAUCAUGACACCGUCUACAGCGAUUUCGAGGACGUGGCCUCUGGCAAAUAUGCCGACCUGGAUGCCCAGCUUAUUGCAUCCAUUAGAAACCACCAUCCAGGAAUGACCGUGACUGUGAUUCCAACCAGCUAUGCCAAUCUUGCUGCCUAUGCAGCUGCCGGUUAUGCACGGGCAGAGCUAGAUACCUCCGAGGACUCUUUGCUGAGAUGGAGAUACUACCAGACGUCUUCAACCCGAGGCGGGCAGGGACAUCUAGGAGAGGUCUUCUUCUUUGUUCGGUUCAAGUAUACCUGGAAGAACAUUGAAUUUAUUGUUUAUACCGUUAGGGAGGGAAUGAUAACGCUGAAUUACAUUCUGUUCCCGCCAGAUGACGACGAGACCGUCCUCUCACAUUCCAAGGUCACCGAUGCACUGCUACAGGCUGUUGGGGAAAUCCAAUUCGCAGUGGAAGGGACGAUCCUGGUCUUCGAGAGAUACUGGACACGGAGCAGAGCUUUGUAUGAGCAAGUGCAAAAAGCAUCUUGGGAUGACGUAAUACUCGACAAGAAGAUGAAGAAGACUCUCACAGAAACUGUGGUUCACUUCUUUGACAGCGAGAAAUCUUAUAAAGACCUCGAUGUUCCCUGGAAGAGAGGUUUGAUCUUUUACGGGCCUGCUGGAUGCGGAAAAACCAUCAGCAUCAAGGCGCUUAUGCACACGCUCUCUAUCCGCGAAAACCCAGUCGUAAGUCUUUACGUCAAGGCUCUUCAUAAUACCUAUGAAAUAGGCUCAGUCUUCCGGAUGGCCCGUACAAUGACCCCUUGCCUACUCAUCCUCGAGGAUGUGGACACUCUGAUUACAGAAGAGCUGCGCUCUUACUUCUUUAACGAAGUCGACGGUCUAGACAGCAAUGAUGGCAUCAUGAUGGUGGCCACAACCAACCAUCUGGACCAAUUGGACGGUGGUCUGGCUAAAAGGCCGAGCAGAUUUGACCGCAAAUAUAAUUUUCCGACCCCUGAUCGUGAGGAGAGAAUUCUGUACUGUGAUUAUUGGAAACAGAAGUUGCGGCACAACAAGAAGGUCGAGUUUCCAGAGGAGCUGCCACCAGCGAUAGCGGACAUAACGCAGGACUUCACAUUUGCAUAUCUCAAAGAAGCAUUCGUUGCUAGCCUGCUUACAAUAGCGAGGCAAGAUGAGGAGCGCGACGAUGAAGACGAAGAUGGUGACAGGAUCACCAGCCCUAGAAAUGACGAUCCAGGUUUCCAUGACAAGCUCAUCAAUACUGAGAAGGACAUCUCUAAUUUACCAUUGUGGAUUGAGAUUCAGAAACAAGUAAAGAUGCUCCGAGAAGACAUGGACAGUGAAGACAAGGAAGUCAAGAAAAACACCUUGUGGGGCUUCCGAGCUCCAAGCACACGCCCAAUGCCACCACGUGCUAAUGGAUGCUUCCCUUCAGCUUCGGCCCGGCGCAUACCCCCGCUACAGGCUGAUACGGAAGCUGUCCACAUAAUGCCAUCAUCAGAAACACCCAGUGAAGAAGACCAGACAGUGAUCAGGAUGCGUGCAGCUUUCAAUCGAAAGACAGACAGACAGAUACUGGGGCUUGACAAGGAACUUCAUCGGUCGACCUAG